UGAGCCUUGCAUAUGUAAAUACUAACCGCUAUGAAAUAUUAUGUAAUUUAAGGACACAUCUGAAAUAUAUCAUGUCCAAAGUGUACAAGAAAAAAAUCAAGUCAGGAGCAACAAAAUUAUUUAAACGUGUGAAGAUGAAUCUUCCAGUAACAAAGAAAAAUAAAGAUGAUGCGAACAAAGGAGAAUGUAGCUUAGAUAUUUCAAAGGAAACAAAAAGCAUAAUAGAUAAAAUCUUAGGAGAUGUGAGCAAAAAAUCUGCCACCAAACAAAUCAUUAUCGGUACAACAUCAGGAUGGUUGACUGGUUUUGUAACAAUGAAAGUUGGAAAAAUUGCUGCAUGUGCAGUUGGUGGUGGAAUUAUAAUAUUACAGAUUGCAGCACAUCAAGGAUACAUCAAAAUUAAUUGGGAUAAAAUUCAAAAGAAAGCUGAGAAACUAUCAGAUAAAGUAGAAGAGAAGGUAACAGGUGAAGGGCCAAGACUUAUGGACAAGGUAGGAACAUGGUGUCGAUACAAUUCACUUGUGGCAACAAGCUUCAUUGGUGGUUUCAUUAUUGGUUUAGCAUCCUGAAUGUGAAGCUAUUAGUCGUGUACAGAAACAUAAACGAACAUUAUAUAGUUAUUACUUACAAUAUUGACAUUGUAUGUUAGAUAUUAUUUCUAUCAUUUUCACCAUAAUCAUUGGUAUUUAAAAACCAAAGAAACACCUAUUAUUAUUUAAAUUAGUAAGAUUGUUUAAAUCUUAAAAGGCUAUUUUUAUUUCAAUUUUUUAAUAUAUAAGUUUAUUAUAGCAUGGAUUUUUGUAGCAUUGUAUUUCAUGUAUAUGUAAUUAUAAUCUAACACUUCUGAGAUAAUGUGCAUGCAUUAAGAAGUUUUUACGCAUUUUCUAACCAUUAUAUUUUAAUUAUUGAUUAUUCGAGCAUAUAUGCAAAUUUAUGCAUUAACUCUUGUGAAAAAAAAUAGCAUACAUAUCAUAGCAAAUACAUUGUAAAGAGUUAGUUAUAUCGAACAAUAAAUACAAUAAUUU